CUUGACAACUGAUUUUCUUUUAAAUUAAUUGCAAUAAAUAGACGAAACGAAUUCGGACCGAAAUAUAGGUCUAAAUUUAUAGUGUCUAUUCCUGCGCUUUCUAAUGCCAACCACUUGGGAUAUUCGGAAUAAGAUCACUCGUCAAGAUACAAAAAUGAGCUUUUUGUUGACCGAAACGCAGUGCUCCACGUGGUACUCCGCCUUUUACGGGUCUUCGUUGAAUCGUCUGGCCCAGAAUGUGUGCACCGCUCAAGAUCCCAUCACUGUAUGCCUGCGAUCCGAGGCGGACUUGCGCUCCGAUUCGUCGGGAGUGAAAACCUGGAUAGAGUUGAGCAGGCAGGGCAAGGCCACUGCCGGAGGUCCUGGAUGGAUUUGCACGGGCCUGGACUUGCUGUGCCAGGAGAUGGACAAAAAGUUUCCGCUUCCACUGGACUUUGAACUCUCCGCCGCACAUUUGUUUUUCUGGCACAAGUUGGAGCGAUGCAACUACUUCCUGUGGACGGUCGCUGAUCUUCUAAUGCGAUGCGAACCGCUUGAUGGGCACUGCUUUCGCAAUUUAUUGAAGAACCCAGUGCCAGAUGGCGGCAACUGGCAAAUGUUCGUUAACCUGGUCAAGAAGUACGGAGUUAUGCCCAAGAAGUGCUACCUCCCAUCCACUCAGCGAACUACAAAAAUGAACGUCAUACUGAGGAGUAAGCUCCGUGAAUAUGCCUGCAUGCUGCAUGCCCAGUUCACCUUUAAUGGGAAUGGCUGCCAUCUGCCCGAUCUCAUUCAAGAAAUGAUUCCGCAUCUCUUCAAGGUAAUAUGCAUCUGCCUUGGUGAACCUCCCAAGGUUUUCACCUGGUCCUUCUACGACAACAAAAAGCGUUACCAGUGCCUGAAUGAUUUGACAGCGGUCCAUUUCUACGAAGCUAUGAUAGGAUGUAAGGUGAAUCUAGACGCGUUUGUCUGUCUGGGUCACGAUCCGCGAAUCUCAUCCAGCUACCAUAGCAACUACCAGGUCACCAACAGCUCGAAUAUGAUGGGCGGCAAACCUCAUAGGUAUAAUAAUCAAUCAAUGGACGUCAUAAUGCAGAUCAUGGUGAAUUCUCUGGAAGGUGAUAAACACGUUUGGAUGGCCUGCGACAUUCGUAGGGCAUUCAGUUCGAAGUCCGGUGCAUUUAGCCUAAGAUCGCAUCAAUUUGAUUUGCUAUUUGGCUUUAAGGUGGGCGAGUCGCUCACCAAAGCAGAGAGACUUGACUACCGGGCAUCCCGACGGGAUUCAGCCCUACUGCUUACAUCCGUUGGAUUGGACACCUUGAAGCAGCCCGUACAGUUUCGCUUCAUAAAUGCUUCCACAAUGGGCGAGUCCUCAGCCACCGGAGGUCCUACUGAACAGGAUACGGACGAAAGGGAUACGGAGGCAUUAAAGAAGAAGUCCGUCAAACCAGCGGAUAACAAAUUGGACGCCGAAUGGUUAAGGGAGUACGCCUUUGAGAUUGUGGUCCAUGAAAAAUUUGUUCCACCGGGUGUUUUACAUGCCGCAAGGAUACCCAAAUGGAAGGAACUGCCUGCUUGGGAUCCCAUGGGCGCACUACUUAAUUAAAUCAUUGUUCAAAACCAAAAACAAAUCUUUCAUAAGAAGUGACCAUUAGCUUGUAUUAAAAAAUUCAUUUACUAUUUACUAUAAUUAGAAAUAUUAUAACAGAUUGCUGAACAUUUCUUUAAGCCCCGAGGUUUUUAAGUAAAAAUGGAAACGUUUUCCCAUACCCUUUACCCU